UUAUUUUUUGAUUCAAAUUUAGUAAUCUUGUUUACCAGUUUUGGUCUCGAAGAUUUAUUAUUUUCGUUUAAAACAUAGUUAAACUAAGUGAUCAGAUCAGAUAAAGUGGCUUAUUAUAAGACAGAAUGGAUUUAAGGAAAGCAAUUCUUUUGAAAAAACCACUCCAAGAUUCGUCUUUUAGCUCUUUAAACAGCUCUACAGCAUCAAUGUACGAAUCAGCAGCAGAAGAUUCAGACAGUUCUCUGUAUUAUUCAUUCUCAAAUAAUUCAAUUAAAGAGUUAAACAAUUCUGAAGUUGAAAAUGUCCAAGAUCCAGCUGAUGUCAGUUUAAUAAGUGAAGCCGAUGACAAGGAAAAUACAGUAAUUAUGAAGCACAUUGAUGUACAAAGCAGUCCUGAAGAAGAUAUUAAAAAAGUUGAGGAUAAAAUACCAGAAAAAGAAGAGGAAGUGGAGCAAAUGGAGAUUAAUGAUUCAGUUAUGAAUACAACGUACACAGAAGAAGAUCAAAAAGUUUCAGCCGAUAAACAAAUACCUGAGAUUUCAAAUAGUUUGAUUGUCAUGUCUGAAAAAAGUUUAAUUAUUCCAACAAUUAUCGUCGAGGAUCCAAACGAAAACCUUGUCAAUCCUUUCACAAUGGGCGAAAUUAAUCCAAGCACAAGCACAAGUAGUUCAACUGAAGGUCGCGAAUCGAUCGAAACAGAUAACGUGACAAAGAGAAAAGUCCAGGAAGUAGCAAAAAAGUCAGCAAGUCGAAUUCCAACUCGUUCUCAUCUUUAUUCUCCAAUUCGAAGAAAUUCGCUUGAUAAAAAGUCAAAAAUUAUAACAAAACCAGCUAUUCAGCGCCGAACAGUUUUUGAAACUCGCAGUGCUGCAGUUCAAAAACCAACAACCAUUCAAAAGCCAAAACAACCAGUUAAUCCUCCAGUCCAAAGUAAAAUGGCAGUCCCGAAACCUGUGCUUCAUAAGUGUACAAGUUCUGGCUGUCUUCGUGAAUUUCAUACCGUUAAAUUAUUGGAACAACAUCUCAAAUCGCACAAUUCAGACUCGAGUUCAAGUUCAUCUACUCACUCGACUUUCAAAUGUAAAUGGUGCGACAAGAUAUUUGAACGAAAUAAUGCUCUUACAUUGCACAUGAUUGAUAAAUGCACAAAGAUUACCUUUCCUGAGAAGCGUAAAUUAUUGGCACAGCAAGAUAAGUCGAAUCAAACUAAUGAUAAUAAACGAAGAACUGUUUUUAUGGCACCACCAGCACCAAAAAAGCGAUCACCACGACGCAUUACAACGCAUAACAAAUCUGGAAUUAUGAUUACGCCCAAGAAAACUUUAAAAUGUGAGUGUGGAAAAAAGUUUACGGACGUACUGGAAUUUGCUAAUCAUACGAUAACCCAUAAGUAUGAGAAUGCAUUGAAGCCCCAGCCAACAUAAAUUCAGUCGCUAAGCCACAGAAGAAGGUACAAAUACAGAAAUUUCUUCUCAUUCUUUCAAAAAAUCUUAUAUUUUUAGUAAUGUAAAAACAAUUUAAGCUAGUUUCUUCUUAUACUUCGAUAUAUGCUAAAUUCACUUUCGUUUAAUGUGAUCAAAAAAUAAUAAUAAUAAAAAGAUCCUAUAUUCUCAUAAUAAAAGCCAUGUGAAAAGAAUUUGCAAAUUGACAAUG